UCCAACAAAGGCUCGUUUGGACAGGUAAAAUGGCAACAGUGGGAAGAGGUUUUAUCUGAAGAGGGAGAGAAUGGAACCAAAACCGUUAUCCUCUCCCGCUUGGCUCCUUCCAUCCCUUUAGAUAAACCCACAAGAGAUUUUUUGUUCUUUAUCAAGUAUUGUAAUUUUCAGUUCCACAAUCACAGGGGUCAGCUUUCUACAUUUUUCUUGAGUUCUUUAUCCUUUUCUGUGUAUAGACAUUCACUUUCUAUUUCUUGUGGAUUACAAAAUUCUGAAUUCUGUUGGAUAUGAUGAUGAUGAGAUGAUGCAUUUGUGGGUUUUGCUUCUUUGAUUGCUUCAAUGUUUACAUUUUCCCGUUUGUUGAGCUUCUUUGAGCAAGAUUGCCUCUUUACUGCUUUAUGAGGCUGAAAAAUGUGGAAGUUUUCACAUGUUCUUCAUGAGCACUUCAAUGGUCUUAUGUCAAAAUCUAGUCUUAUCCAAGAAAAGUAGCUCCGAUAAUUCCUUUUCGUCUUGCAAUGCACCGUGUGCUGUGGUUCAGUUGUGUUGUGGGAGGAGAAAAUCUCUUGGGCUGGUUCCAAAUGCCAAGAAAAGACACUCAAAGAGGAGAAGUUGGUGGCAGAGGUUCUUUUUCGAUGAAGAAGGCAAUUGGCUUGGUUUGAAGGAUGAGUAUGUGCUCGACGCAUUGGAAUCAGAGGAGAGCUCUAGUGAUGAUGAGUUAUCUGAGAAUGAGAAGUUCGAGGUGUGGAAAAGACGAGCUGAGGCAAUUGUAGAAUUGAGGGAAGCACAAGAAGAUGUAAAGAAUGAAGAGAGUAGGAGGUGGGAGGACUGGCUAGUGGAUGAAACUACUGAUGAUGUUGGUAAUGGUGCAUCGUGGUUUGAAAAUUCGAACGGCUCCGCUGGGAAACCGGGAAAUGAUGUAGGGGAAGAGAUUACUGAAUUAUUUUCUGGGGGAGGAUUGGUUAAGUCUGUGAGGGACUUGGUCCUAGGCAGAGAAGAAGAUGAUAUUCUGUAUGAAGAUCGAGUCUUCCGUUAUGCCUCAUUCAAUUCGGCUAAAUUUUUGGCAGUACUGAUUAUUGUUCCAUGGGCUUUGGACUUCUUGGUUCAUGACUAUGUUCUUAUGCCUUUUCUGGACAGAUAUGUCAAGACAGUACCACUUGCUGCUAAGAUGCUUGAUAUUAGGAAGAAUCAAAAGCUUCAAAUAGUCAAGGCUCUAAAUCUUGAGAAAGCGCGAUAUCGGCUUGAAGUAGAGAUUGGUAAAUCUCCUCCUCUUUCUGAUGAGGAGCUUUACUUGGAGUUACGGCAUAGAGCGUUAGAGAUGCGAGAUGAAUGGAGAUUAGAGAACCGAAAAGCAUUUGCUAACAUCUGGUCGGAUGUGGUGUUUGGGAUCUCAUUGUUUCUUCUUCUAUACUUCUAUCAGGGUCAAGUAGCUUUGCUGAAAUUUACCGGUUAUAAGAUCGUGAAUAGCAUUACAGACACCGGGAAGGCGUUUCUUAUAAUACUUAUCACUGAUAUUUUUCUAGGAUACCAUUCUGAAUCGGGUUGGCAGACAUUGUUAGAGAUCAUAGUUGAGCAUUAUGGGCUGGAGGUGGAUCAGUCUGCCAUAACAAUAUUUAUCUGCCUAAUCCCAGUCGUAAUGGAUGCUUGUGUGAAGCUGUGGUUGUUUAAGUUUCUCCCAAGACUAUCCCCGAAGGUGGCGAAUAUUUUCCGGGAAAUGAAGAGACAUUAGGAAGAACUUCUUCUCUUUACGGUUUCUAUCUCCACUUGGCACUCUCAUACUCUAUUCAAUACAAACAAUUUUCAGUUUUCAAUUAUUUUCUUCUUCUCGCCGUUAUAUGUUUGAUCUCCACCAAUAUUUGUACCUCAAAAUCAUUUAUUAGUUGCCAGGCAUAUACACACAUUCUAUUGUAAUAUAGGACGAAUUCAUCAAACUCGUAUCCCGUCAUAUAAUUCACUUCCUAGGAACACUUAUUUGAACAAUACUUUUGCAGAGGGUAAUAAGAUCUACCUCAUAUUUGUUGAGU